GGUCGCCGCUACGCUGAUAACCUAAGAAACAUAGCGGCGGUGAUUGAAUUUUUCCCCCCGUUUUUAUUUUUUUUUUCUCGUGGAGUUUCCACAAUCUCUUCAAACUUUACCAUAUGGAGAUGAAACCAGUAGAUCCAUGGCGGGCCUGCGAGCGGAAAGGGCGGAGGGGAAGGGUUCUGUGGAUCGUCAUGGGGGAUCGGUUGACCUGCUUCAUCCAUGGUUCCAGUGAUCGAGAAGAGUUCCGUAAAAGGCUCUCUCUCUCUCUUCUUGUGCAUGAAGGCGCACAGAGUCGUCAUUUGCGGCCACGAAACACAAGACGGGACGCUGUUGCUCCUGCUGCGGAGCUCCCGCUGCGCAAUUCAUGCAUGAUGAUGACGGCCUUGCUGAGAUGGACGGGACUUUUGCCAGUGCCUGAAGAGACCCCCUUUCCAAAGCGAGUAGGACAACCGAGACGAGGCUGUUCGAAUAUCGGUAACCCGCGCUCAGCGAGAAGGGGCUCGAACCUCGCGGUGGUUCUAAAUUACCCGAGGGGUUUCUAUCCGCGGUCGCCACCGCAGGACGCCAGGGAAGGCUCGGUGGAGUGAGUCGUGAUGAGCACAGGCUUCCCACCGGGCGCGGGGGAUGAAGAGAGUGAUGCGAAUGGAGGGGGGUAACGUGUCACUUCGAGGAGAGACAAGGGGCUCUGGUCUUUUCUCUGUUCGCGCUAUUCUUCAUACUGGCGAUGUUGUCAGGCUGGGAAAGUUUGUGAAGCUGAAGGGGAGUAUCAAGAAGAAGAUCCCGAAGAAGAGC